GUUACAUACCCUACGCUUGAACCUGUUGACUACUAAAUUAGGAAUGGAGUAAUGCUAGCAUCCUAUCCUGCACUGCCCUCUCGUAAGCAUACAUUAGGCUGUGCACUAACACCUGGUCAAUUUCGAUGUGAUUGAAGCUGGGAUCCAGAAGAUUUCGUUCGUACCUUUCUCGCAAAUGUUCGAUCCCCCGCUGAUACGGUAAAAAUGUGGACAUAUUUUUGGGGGUUCACGCUCACAACGCUGCUGACACUCGGCCGGAUAACUGCGGCGAUUCCGCUUGAUAUCAAUGAUCCUGAAUCGAUUAAAAAUGCGGCCUCGACAGCCGCAUACGGCAUGAUGACCUAUUACCACGGCAAUGAGUCCGGACAAAUCCCAGGGAAACUCCCUGGCACGUGGUGGACAGGUGGUGAGGUGUUCAUGGCUCUAGUGCAGUACUGGUACUGGACUGGAGACACGUCCUACAACGAUGUUACCAAGCAAGCGUUGAUUCAUCAGAGGGGGCACAACGACUAUCUACCGGACAACUAUACCCAGGAUUUGGGUAACGAUGAUCAGGUGUUCUGGGGUCUGGCUGCGAUGACGGCAGCCGAGCUCGAUUUCCCGGAGAGCGAAGAAGUGUCGUGGCUCGCAUUGGCGCAGGGAGUAUUCAACACGCAAGCUGAGAAAUGGGACCCGGACACCUGCCAUGGUGGCCUACGAUGGCAGAGGAAUUCCUGGAACGGAGGGUACGAUCUAAAGAAUUCGGUUUCGAAUGGAGGAUUCUUCCAGCUGGCAGCCCGUCUGGCCCGAUAUACCAAAAACCAAACCUACUCGGAAUGGGCCGAAAAGGCAUAUGACUGGGCCACAUCCGUUCCCUUAGUCUCCGAGAAGGACUGGCAUAUCAACGACCUGGUUACCGUGGAGUCGAAUUGUCAGGACGCGAACAAUAUGCAAUGGUCAUACAACUAUGGGAUCUACUUUGCUGGUUCGGCCUAUAUGUAUAACUUGACCAAUGGUGGUGAGAAAUGGAAACACGCAGUAGAUGGCCUACUUAAUACUACCUUCCGCACAUUCUUCCCACAGCAGUACGGAGGGAUGAUCAUGUCCGAAGCAGCAUGCGAGCCACAAUUACCGCAGGUACUACCCUGCGACGGGAACCAAUCUACGUUCAAGAGUCUGGUUUCAGCCUGGCUGGCUUUUACGACCACGAUUAUGCCCUACACGCUGGAUGAGAUCCUACCGAGAUUAAAAGGCUCCGCAAUAGGAGCGGCCAAACAGUGUUCUGGACCCUCGCCCGACAAGAAAUGUGGACAGCGGUGGUAUCUAGACGAAUACGAUGGGACAACGGGCCUUCGCGAACAUAUGUGUGCAUUGAGCAUCUUUACAGCAAAUAUGGUGCCGUUCAAAAGCAAAGAGGCUGGGCAAGGCCCCUUGACAGCGGAUACCGGAGGAAACAGCAAAAGUGACCCCAGCGCAGGAACAGGAAAUCACAGGCCAGAGAAGGACGCACCACGAGAGAUCACAACUGGCGACCGUGUUGGUGCUGGGAUUGUGACUGUGGUUGUGCUGGGUGGAUGGCUGGGCGUCGUGUUCUGGAUGAUGACAGGCCCCUGAGCCAGGAAUCUGAAGUGUGGUCUAUACAGAAUCUGAGGAGUCCGGAGUCCAAUGUACAGUAUUAUGAAAAAUGAGCCGAGCCUCAGGUUUGA